GUCCUGAUGUCUUUACAUGAAAUGUUCCCCGCAGUGCAUGCAGCAGAAAUGGCUGUCCAGAGAAACCCACGUUCCUGGGAUGCCUGGCAGACUUUGGGACGUGCCCAGCUUGGAUUAGGAGAGAUAGCACUGGCAAUCCGAAGCUUCCAGGUAUCCUUACACAUCUUUCCAAUGAACCCUGAAGUGUGGAAAGAGGACCUUUCCUGGGCAAGAAAAUUACAUGAACAGCAGAAGGCAACAAACACUGAGGCAGUGCAAGCAUUGGCAAAAGAAAAAGAGCUUGCACAAGAAUCAAUUCCAGACUAUGACUUUGAAAGUGAUGAAAUUGUGGCAGUCUGUGCUGCCAUCGCAGAGAAGGAGAAAGCUCUUUCAGCAGCUAAAACGGUAGUAAUUGUGUCUGCUUCAGGCACAGUAGAGACUGUUACUGAGAAGGAGGAUUGUCCUACAACUCCUGAUGAAACCCUUUUCAUUAGAGCCCGAUAGGGCAGCCUUAUGGGUUGCCAGUACUGUUUUAAGAACUAGUGUUAUUUACUUAUUGGGCUUGCUUGGUUUUUGUUUUUUAAGCAGUGGGAGAGCCUACAAAAGUUAAAGAAUUAAAGUUAUUUUUCU